AGAAGCGACGGAUACUUGUUGAGGUUUCAAAAAGUUAAUAAGAGGAAGUCAACAGACGAGAAGAAAGAAACUUGUUACAAAGUUUCCAAUUCAGGCUCUACAAGACUCUUAGCACAAGAACCCAGAAGACCAGAAGAAGACCCAGAAGACCAGACCCAACAUGAAGACCGCGCUGGUCCUCCUCCAAUUACUCUUCUCACUAAGCACCGGUGACGUGAUUAGGAUCCCGUUAAAGAAGUUUAAAACCAUCAGGCACGCGAUGAGCGAGGGGAUGUCCAUGGAGGAGCUCAAACGCCGAGGGUCAGAGGUGGAAACCCUGAAACACAAGCCAGUUCCUCGAGUGACCGAGUUCCCGGAGAAACUCACCAACUACCUGGAUGCUCAAUACUACGGAGAAAUCUCUAUAGGAACCCCACCCCAAACCUUUUCCGUGAUCUUCGACACCGGCUCUUCUAACCUGUGGGUCCCCUCCAUACAUUGCUCCUUUUUUGAUAUCGCUUGUUGGUUUCAUAGAAAAUACGACUCCGGGAAAUCCAGCUCCUACAAGGAAAAUCACACAGAUUUCUCCAUCCGCUACGGAACGGGGAGCCUCACGGGAUUCCUGAGUCAGGACACGGUUACAAUCGGUGACCUAAAGACCCAGAACCAAACCUUCGCCGAAGCUGUCAAACAGCCGGGCAUCGUGUUCGUUGCUGCUCGUUUUGAUGGCAUUCUGGGGAUGGCGUACCCAAAUAUCUCUGUUGACGGGGUGCUGCCAGUUUUUGAUAACAUGAUGCGGCAGAAGCUGGUAGAAAAGAAUGUGUUCUCAUUUUACCUAAACAGGGAUCCCACCGCAGCAGUUGGAGGUGAACUUCUUCUGGGUGGUACUGACCCAAAAUACUACACCGGAGACUUUCAUUAUGUAAAUGUCACCCGCAUGGCUUACUGGCAGAUCAAAGCAAAUGAGGUGAAUGUUGGUAACGAGCUCACUCUCUGCAACGGAGGCUGCCAGGCCAUUGUGGACACCGGGACUUCUUUAAUUACGGGACCUGUUGAAGAAAUUCGGGCUCUUCACAAAAAAAUAGGAGCUUUGCCACUUUUCAAUGGCGAGUAUAUGAUAUUAUGCAAUAAGAUUGAAUCUCUUCCCACCGUCUCGUUUAAUCUCGGAGGAGUGCAAUACAACCUCACAGGAUCCCAGUAUGUGCUCAAGAUAACGACGAUGGGACACACAAUUUGUCUUAGUGGUUUCAUGGGACUGGACGUACCGCCCCCUGCUGGUCCUUUGUGGAUCCUUGGAGAUGUCUUCAUUGGCCAAUAUUACACAGUCUUUGAUCGGGACAACAACCGCGUGGGAUUCGCAAAAUCUAAAUAAUCUCAGCAAUUAGAUUCAACUGGUCUCCUUUUUGGACCAACAAUGGUUAAGAAUUACAACCCGGCUUUGACUUUAAAUCCGUCACAUCCGCCUAAAAAGUUUUGUUUGCGAAAAUAAUGUUUUUUUUAAAAAAUUUAAUACAAAACGAUCAGUUGUUAAGUGGAUAAUCAAAUAAAUAUUUAACAGCGGAUGUUCGAUAUGUAUAUAUAUAUAUAUACUAGAAAUUAAAAAAAGCUUUUACAGUAUAUCUGUACUCUUCCGGUCAAUAUAUAUAUAUACGGUAUAUCUGAUAGACGGUGGAAUGGAAUGAUGGGUUUACCAGGAACUGGCGGAUGAUGUGAAAUUGUGUAAUAGUUUAUAAAAAGAUCUUUUUAGAAAAAACAACAGGUAAGAAAAUAA